UUAACAUAGCUUGCAACAGAAUACUGUUGCUAGAAAUAGGACAGUCGCAUCACUACCACUAGGCAAUUUGCAUUCUGUGGACCAGCCCCUGAAUUCCUCCUGGCUCCUAUUGCCCUUUGGGCGUUGCAUUUCUGGACGCUUCUAGACAGUGUUCAUACUUGGCUGUCUGGUUUCACCAGGAACUCUACCCAAAAGAGGAAAUAGCAAGGAGAAGAACAUUUGCUUUGUUUGUAGGAGGGAAGUGGUCGAGCUACAAACAAAUCUUUAGGCAUCUGAGGAAUUGCUAAGUUUCUAAUUUCAUAUGGUUGCUGACAAGGAGGUGCAGACGAGGACCCUCUUGCUUUCCUCACUAUGGAUAGUCUGUUGCCUCCAUCUAGAUUCUCUUAUUUUAAAAAAUAUCCUCUCCAUACAAUUAGGAGAUAUUUAUCGACGCUCAGAAACCAAAGAGCUGAAGAACAGGUUGCACGUUUUCAAAAAAUACCUAAUGGUGAAAAUGAGACAAUGAUUCCUGUAUUGACAUCAAAAAAAGCAAGUGAAUUACCAGUCAGUGAAGUUGCAAGCAUUCUUCAAGCUGAUCUUCAGAAUGGUCUAAACAAAUGUGAAGUUAACCAUAGGCGAGCUUUUCAUGGCUGGAAUGAGUUUGAUAUUAGUGAAGAUGAGCCACUGUGGAAGAAGUAUAUUUCUCAGUUUAAAAAUCCCCUUAUUAUGCUGCUUCUGGCUUCUGCAGUCAUCAGUGUUUUAAUGCAUCAGUUUGAUGAUGCCGUCAGUAUCACUGUGGCAAUACUUAUCGUUGUUACAGUUGCCUUUGUUCAGGAAUAUCGUUCAGAAAAAUCUCUUGAAGAAUUGAGUAAACUUGUACCACCAGAAUGCCAUUGUGUGCGUGAAGGAAAAUUGGAGCAUACACUUGCCCGAGACUUGGUUCCAGGUGAUACAGUUUGCCUUUCUGUUGGGGACAGAGUUCCUGCUGACUUACGCUUGUUUGAGGCUGUGGAUCUUUCCAUUGAUGAGUCCAGCUUGACAGGUGAGACAACGCCUUGUUCUAAGGUGACAGCUCCUCAGCCAGCUACAACUAAUGGAGAUCUUGCAUCAAGAAGUAACAUUGCCUUUAUGGGAACCCUGGUCAGAUGUGGCAAAGCAAAGGGUGUUGUCAUUGGAACAGGAGAAAAUUCUGAAUUUGGGGAGGUUUUUAAAAUGAUGCAAGCAGAAGAGGCACCAAAAACCCCUCUGCAGAAGAGCAUGGACCUCUUAGGAAAACAACUUUCCUUUUACUCUUUUGGUAUAAUAGGAAUCAUCAUGUUGGUUGGCUGGUUACUGGGAAAAGAUAUCCUGGAAAUGUUUACUAUUAGUGUGAGUUUGGCUGUAGCAGCGAUUCCUGAAGGUCUCCCCAUUGUGGUCACAGUGACACUAGCUCUUGGUGUUAUGAGAAUGGUGAAGAAAAGGGCCAUUGUGAAAAAACUGCCUAUAGUUGAAACUCUGGGCUGCUGUAAUGUGAUUUGUUCAGAUAAAACUGGGACACUGACGAAGAAUGAAAUGACUGUUACUCACAUAUUUACUUCAGAUGGCCUGCAUGCUGAGGUUACUGGAGUUGGCUAUAAUCAGUUUGGGGAAGUGAUUGUUGAUGGUGAUGUUGUACAUGGAUUCUACAACCCAGCUGUUAGCAGAAUUGUUGAGGCGGGCUGUGUGUGCAAUGAUGCUGUAAUUAGAAACAAUACUCUAAUGGGGAAGCCAACAGAAGGGGCCUUAAUUGCUCUUGCAAUGAAGAUGGGUCUCGAUGGACUUCAACAAGACUACAUCAGAAAAGCUGAAUACCCUUUUAGCUCUGAGCAAAAGUGGAUGGCUGUUAAAUGUGUACACCGAACGCAGCAGGACAGACCAGAGAUUUGUUUUAUGAAAGGUGCUUACGAGCAGGUAAUUAAGUACUGUACUACAUACCAAAGCAAAGGGCAGACCUUGACACUUACUCAGCAGCAGAGAGAUGUGUACCAACAAGAGAAGGCACGCAUGGGCUCAGCAGGACUCAGAGUUCUUGCUUUGGCUUCUGGUCCUGAACUGGGACAGCUGACAUUUCUUGGCUUGGUGGGAAUCAUUGAUCCACCUAGAACUGGUGUAAAAGAAGCUGUUACAACACUCAUUGCCUCAGGAGUAUCAAUAAAAAUGAUUACUGGAGAUUCACAGGAGACUGCAGUUGCAAUUGCUAGUCGUCUGGGAUUGUAUUCCAAAACUUCCCAGUCAGUCUCAGGAGAAGAAAUAGAUGGAAUGGAUGUCCAGCAGCUUUCACAAAUAGUACCAAAGGUUGCGGUAUUUUAUAGAGCUAGCCCAAGGCACAAGAUGAAAAUUAUUAAGUCUCUACAGAAGAACGGUUCAGUUGUAGCCAUGACAGGCGAUGGAGUAAAUGAUGCAGUUGCUCUGAAGGCUGCAGACAUUGGAGUCGCGAUGGGCCAGACUGGUACAGAUGUUUGCAAAGAAGCAGCAGACAUGAUCUUAGUGGAUGAUGAUUUUCAAACCAUAAUGUCUGCAAUUGAAGAGGGUAAAGGGAUUUAUAAUAACAUUAAAAAUUUUGUUAGAUUCCAGCUGAGCACGAGCAUAGCAGCAUUAACUUUAAUCUCAUUGGCUACAUUAAUGAACUUUCCUAAUCCUCUCAAUGCCAUGCAGAUUUUGUGGAUCAAUAUUAUUAUGGAUGGCCCCCCAGCUCAGAGCCUUGGAGUAGAACCAGUGGAUAAAGAUGUCAUUCGUAAACCUCCUCGCAACUGGAAAGACAGCAUUUUAACUAAAAAUUUGAUACUUAAAAUACUUGUUUCAUCAAUAAUCAUCGUUUGCGGGACUUUGUUUGUCUUCUGGCGUGAGCUGCGAGACAAUGUGAUUACACCUCGAGACACAACAAUGACCUUCACAUGCUUUGUGUUUUUUGACAUGUUCAAUGCACUAAGUUCCAGAUCCCAGCCACGGAUUACAGCCCCAGACACAGCCUUCUUAUAAACAUGUGCCGUUGGUCACGAUGAGGAUGGGGCAUUUGCAGGAGGUAAGCUUUAUGUCUGACUCCUACAUUAAAGUAUUAAUAAUUUCUAGUUGUUGUCAUCUGGGUAUAGCUGGAUACAGCUAUAAGAUAGAUCAUGGUUAACAUUAUCUGAGCAUAGAACAAACCUCAUAGGUUCUGUUAAGAUGUUAUUAGUCUCAUUUUAGAAGACAGUAUUGCUAGGAGUGCAAGAGCAGUUUUGUGCCUAUUUUUUUUCCAUCACUCCUGUCAUUGUGUCAAAGCUUAGAACAUUUUAAUUUGCUUUACUUCCCUUGUUGUAUCUUAAGGUGUGACUGCUGCUUCUUGGUCUAAGUGUUUUGAUAGGAAAUAAUGGACUAGAGUUUUCUGGUACUUUUUAAGCAUAUUGUCCUUAAAAGCUAGUUUCAUUUGAGGCAUGACUAUUCAUUUCAGCUUUAAAGCAGUUUAUGAAUCCUUAACUAUAUUACCAUUUGCCAUGCUAGAACUUCUAAGUACAGUGAAUUCUCACUAAUUGACUAUUUUUUGAAGAAGCUGUAAUACUUAUUUUUUUUUGUGAAAAUGGUUUACUUUUUCAGUACACACAUAAUUAGGUCCAUUCUCCAAGAAAGGAUUUUAGAUUAUCCACCUUAGUGAAUGGCUAGAAAUGAUUUUGCAAAGUACAAAUAAAGUUUCUUGAUGUUUGGGAUGUUAAAAGUUUUCUUUUCUUUCUGUGGUCUCAUUUAUAUAGUGCUACUUUAAUAUUUACUCUUACCUGAAUUAUUCCAAAACAGUAGUAAAAUUUGAGAUUUCACAGUAUUGACAUUAUAGAAUUCAAUUAAAGUGAUACUGCUUAUUAAAAAUUAGAA